UUAAGCAGCGCUAAUUACAUUUAAAUGCUCUUUCUGCUUUAAUAUGUACUGGCAUUAAACAAGAUAAACUUUACAAAAACGCAAUCGCAAACACCACCCUUUACCCACGACCAUCUGCUCCUAAUUCGAUUGUAAUUACUAAAUCUAGUUUAGUAUAGUCGUGUAGUCGAACCGUGUGUUUCUGAAAAUAAAACGAUUCGCAAAAUCUAAGUUUAGAGUAUAGUAUGUCGCUAGCAAAUGCAUGGAAUCCAUUGCUCUACACAUUUUAUUUUUUGGGACAAAGUCCAUUCCCUUCAACUUCAAUAGAUUCAAAAAGCUAUUUCAAGCGAUUGCUUCUCAAGUUACCAGCUUUGAUUAUAAUUUGCGUUAGCGUGUACGCGACCGUUCAUUUCUUUAACAAUGAUUUCUACAUUGCAUGGGAGGAGCGAGGACUUGAUGUUAUUCAAGUUUUGUUAAUUCUGAGCUCACUGAUUACGAACCUUGUCGUUGCAUAUCGAUGUCUCUUUCGAGGCUUAUUAUGUAUACACCUUCAACAGUCGUUCAGUGCAUUAGAAAUAGAAGUCCAGAGCUCAUUGCCGAGUAGAACUCUACACUUGAUGAAAUUUCGUAAUGUCUUUUUGAUGAAAUGCGUCACUAUGGUGAUUCUUUACGCCGCUUUAGUAUUUGCAAUGGUUAUGUCUCGCGUUAAGAAAGAAUAUUCGACCACAAGUUUAAUGAUAGUUUUAGCCUUCAAUAUUGACUUCUGUGCUCUUCAAGUCGUGCUGUAUGUUGAUUUAAUUAAAUUCUUCUUGAAAGCGACGACUGACACUUUCCGCGAUAUUAACAGUGACAAGGCCAAGUGUGAUAAGGAGGCCUUUGCCAAAACGGAAUUGUUAACAUCAAUCAGAAAAUUGUAUUCGAGUAUCUACAAGAUAGUUGGCAAAGUCAAUGAACAUUUCGGGCUCAUUCUUUUGACCUACAUCGUACAACAGUUCCUGGUGAUUGCGUAUUACGUUUUUUGGAUACUUUUGAAUAAAUUUAAAAUGGGAAUUUGGACGAGCAUGGACAAUACCUUCGUACUUGCAUGUGCUACUAUAAGCCUUUUCUUCGUAUCGGAUUCAUGUCAUCAAGUUUGUGUUGAAGCUCAAAAAAUUGGAAGCUUCCUCUGUGAAAAUGAUUACUUGAUAAGAGAAGAAGGCCAAAGAUUACUGACCCAAACGAUAAAUCAACCGAUGCAAAUUACAGCAAUGGAAUUUUACAAAUUAGAUCGAUCAUUCUUUGCUGCGGUAACAGUUGGUGGUAUUACGACGGCUAUCAUGCUGGUUCAAUUUCAGGAUUAUUGAAAAGUACACACUGAAUAAUGGCUUGAUUAUGAGAGGACACGUGAGCCCUCGUAUCUGUUAGUUGAUUUGAUCUAAGUUUUUCAGCAGAUUGAAAUAAAAAUUU